UUCAGUAGGGUGUGAUACAACUUGGACCUGAAGCUCCUACCUACCCUUGUCGUUUGAACCAAACCAAUUCUAAAGUAUAAUUGUAUAAAAAGGGCAGAUGCGUAGCCAAAUCAAUUCAUACUCAAAUUCAAAGAAAAUUUGGAGUUGCAAUCUGCCUUCAGAGUUUGUGUCCGCUUUAGCUUAGGCUCAGUUUCAUACUCUACCAAUGGCUGCCAAGACUACUCAUGAAGCCUUCUCAUCGCCAUCCUCAGGGCGCUGGAGGCACGAUGUCUUCUUGAGCUUUAGAGGUAUAGAAACUCGCAACAACUUCACUGGCCACCUCUACGAAAGAUUGAAAGAGGCCGGAAUCAAGGCCUUCAUCGAUGAUAGCGAGCUAAGGAGGGGGGAAGUUAUAACAGAGGAAUUGAUAAAAGCAAUUGAAGCCUCUAAGAUCUCGGUGGUCGUAUUUUCAAGAAGAUAUGGAGAUUCUAGAUGGUGUCUCGAGGAGCUGGUGGAGAUCAUGGGGUGCAGAAAAAGACUGGGGCAAACGGUUUUGCCAAUAUUCUACGAUGUUGAUCCUACGGAUGUCAGGAAACAGACAGGUACUUUUGGAGAGGCAUUUGAUCAGAAGCAUCAAGAUAAAGAUCCAGCAAAGGUAAAGAGUUGGAGAGAUGCCCUUACAGAAGCUGCAAAUUUAUCAGGAUGGGAUCUUAGAAACACUGCUGAUGGGAAUGAACCAAAGUUUAUCAAAAUGAUUGUUGAAAAUAUUAUUGGAGAGCUUCCUAGCACAUGUUUGUUAUCUGUAGCCCGUCAUCCGGUUGGAUUGAAUGCUCGUUUGAAAUACUUGACUUAUCUUUUACGUGUUGAAUCAAGAGAUGAUAUCUGCAUGAUAGGAAUACUGGGGAUGGGUGGAGUAGGCAAAACAACACUUGCCAAGGCCAUGUAUAACAAAUUUUAUAAUGACUUUCAAGGUAAAGUUAGUUUCCUUGAAAAUGUGAGGGAAACUACAAAGCAACAGAAUGGUCUGGUUGGUUUGCAGAAUCAACUUCUUGCUGAUACCUUGAAACCAACCAAGCCAGAGGUAGGCAGUGUUGCUAGAGGGAAGGAAGUUAUAAAACAAAGCCUUCAAUGCAUAAGAGUUCUUAUUGUACUAGAUGAUAUUGAUGAAGAGAAUCAACUGGAUGCAUUAGCAGGAAACUGUGAUUGGUUUGGUCCUGGAAGUAGAAUUAUCAUAAUAACAAGAGAUGCACACAUGCUAAAGCGAGUGACAAAAGAUUCAUUAUAUCGUUUUCAGCCAAUGCAGAAAGUAGAAGCUCUUGAGCUCUUCAGUUGGCAUGCCUUUGGAGGUAGUUAUCCUAAGAAAGGAUAUCAUGAACUCUCAGAAAGUGUAGUUACUUGCUGUGGAUGUUUGCCCCUGGCUCUUGAAGUUAUAGGUUCUUUUCUAUUUGGUAAAGGUGAAACAGAGUGGAAAUGCGAAUUGGAAAAAUUGAAAAGAAUUCCCGAUGACAAAAUUAUGCAAAAGCUCAGAUUAAGCUAUGAUGGACUCAGUUAUAGUCAUAGAGAGAGAGAGAUAUUCCUUGAUAUAGCCUGUUUCUUUGUCGGAAUGGACCUCAACUACGUCACACAAAUAUUAGAUGGUUGUGACUUCAUUGCAGCAAGAGGAAUCAGAGUCCUCCUUGAUCGGUGCCUUGUAAGUCUUAGUGAUGAGAACAAGCUGAUGAUGCAUGAUUGCCUUCGGGACAUGGGAAGAGAAAUAGUCCGUGAAAAUUUCCUUGAUGAGCCUGAAAAGCGCAGUAGAUUAUGGUAUCCCAAAGAUGUAGAAGAAGUAUUGACAGAAACCUCAGCUACUGAAAAAAUUGAAGGACUGAGUACUCUAAAUUUGGUAAAUUCUGAAGUACAGAAGAGUUUCAGUACAGAGGCAUUUACAAACAUGAAAAGAUUGAGAUUACUUCAACUUGACUAUGCCAAUCUAACAGGAGAUUACAAAAAUCUUUCCAAGAAAAAGCUAAGAUGGCUUUGCUGGCAUGGCUUCCCUCUAGUGGUCAUACCAAAAGAAUUUGAUCUACAGAGCCUAGUUGUAUUAGACCUACGCUAUAGCAAGCUCAGGCAAGUUUGGGAUGACCCUCAGUACUUUCUUGAGAAGUUGAAGAUUCUCAAUCUCAGUCAUUCACAUGAUCUAAUGCAAUCACCAGACUUUUCAAGGCUACCAAAUCUUGAGCAAUUGAUACUCAAAGACUGCAAGAGUUUAUGUGAGCUUCAUCAGUCUAUUGGUGAUCUUCAACGACUUUCUUUGGUAGAUCUCCAAGACUGCAAAAUGCUCAAGUGUCUGCCAAACAGUUUUCGUAAACUGAAAUAUAUUAAAAAUCUGAAUAUUUCUGGAACAAACUUGGCGGGCAGCUUAUUGGAGAUGGUUUCAUCGAGACCUUCGCUUGCAGAUGAGACUGCUAUAAGAUAUAGACCAUCAUUUUAUGAGUUAAGAGAAUUAGAUCUUCGCAACUGCAAUUUAACUGAUGAUUCAAUCUUUGUAAAUUUUGGGGGCUUAAAUUUGUUUGCCUUACAACUUGACGGGAAUGGUUUCCGUAGCCUUAAAAACCUCAGUGGCCUCAAGGUCGAAGUGCUGCUUUUGAGGGACUGCAAAAACCUUCGUUCAAUCACAGAUUUACCGACAACUUUGAUCGACUUAGGUCUGGAGGGCUGCACUUCAUUGGAGAUGCUACCAGAAUUUUCAGAUGAAUUCUCACUGGUUAGCCUAGGUAUUUGGGAUUGCCGCAAGCUCAUUAACUUUCCAGGCUUGGUUGACUGGGUACAGGCUUUGGCAGAAAUUGCAAUCCAGGGCAACUUUAACAAUAUCUCUUUUCCUCUUAAGAAGGCCAUCCUAGAGGAAUGGAGACCGAUUUCAGGUGACGGCAUUUCUUUUCCUGGAAAUAAGAUUCCUUCGUGGUGUUCUCCUCAUGUCGGUUAUGGAGGUCGCCCAGUCAAAUUUGAAAUGCCAUUUCGAAGGGAUAUAGCGUUUUGUGUGUGCUUUGUUUAUUCUCGCUCUUUAGGCGAGUUUGACUAUGAUGAGUCUAGGAUUGGGUUUGUGGUUGUAAAUCAUACCAGGCGCAGAGGUUUUUUUGUCCGCCAAGUGCAUUUUCGGACAACAAAUUCCUGUAAAAAGUAUCUUUUUUUACGCAAUAUGUUGCUGCAGGAUGGAUUAAAUUUGGAAGGUGGUGACUCUAUAAGCCUUCGAGUAGUACUGGGACAUUAUUUUAAGGUUCACCAGAUGGGAGUUGAACUAAGAAAGAAUGAUAUGGAUUUGACUUGCUCAGCAGGAGAAGUAGCAGAAUCUAUCCCAUUCGGGGAGGCAUUAGAUCUUCUUGGUGAUGAUGAUACUGAUGACAACGUUGAUGAUCGAUGAUACUAGUGACAGUGUUGUUGAUGAUACUAAUGAUAGUGUUGAUGAUGAUACUAGUGACUGAUGCAAAACAGAUGGCAGCCCAAUUUGAAGAACAGUUGGAUCGUGCUAAAGGAGGAAAACGAAAAGUGACUAGUAGACGCGAAACGGGCUUUCGGAGUCCGAUUGGGACGUACCUUACCUUUCCGGAAAGGGAAUCGCGCCGGAAAUCAAACUCGUGGCUUUGCCACAAUCUGUGGUCUUUUUCUGGCUUUCGGGGUCGUUUAGGGCCUCAAAACUGCAUUUUUCUAUUUUUAGGUGUUUUGGUUUUCCUAGUUAUUUUCGGGUUGUUUUCGUUUUUACCCAUGGGCUUUAGGGUUUCAUUGUUAGUCGCCCUAGGGUUUAUUUUCUUAUAAAUAAGCCACCUUAAGGCUGUAGAAUGGAUCUUUUCAUCUUUAUCAAUAGAAUUGAGAUUAUUCUCUUUUAUCUCUGGUGGACUCCAGAAUCCUUUGCUUAGGUUUAUUGCUGGUAAACCUAGAUAUCAAUCUGUCUACGUCAGUGACAGUGUUGUUGAUGAUACUCCUAGAUAUCAAUCUGUCUACGUCAGUGACAGUGUUGUUGAUGAUACUGAUGACAACGUUGACAAUGAUACUGAUGACAGUGUUGAUGAGGCAGGAGCUAGCUGCAUCCCAUUUGAUGUUGAUAAUGGAACUGUUAGUGAUUAUGGUGAAGAUGAUGAGGCAGGAGGAAGACGUGAUCCAUUGGAUGAGGAUUGACCUACCAAGAGAUUGAGGAGGUUUGAUCUAGAGUAAACCUGAAUCAUCAGGUGAUGGAGAAACAGAGAGAGGAAGAACUUGGGGACGCUCUGAUCGAAAUUCCAGGUUGUGCGACAGAGGUAAGCUCUGGAGCUUUUAAGAGAAAUGUGAUUGCUUGAGGAUCGGAAGCCAGAUUACUUGGAUCAAGAAACUUCCACCAGCCAAGAAGGAAUUGAAAAUGUCAGUAACAUAAAGGAUGGUUAUAAUCCUGCAACUUGGAUGUUGGACGUCACCAGUUCGGCGAAAGAAAUAGCUUAUGGUGUUGAUUUUGCUGGUGUUUAUAAAAAAUCAGAGCUAUACAGGAGAAACAGAACACAUGCUGAAUAACUGAGCACCCCUCCUCCAGGUUCAAAGGACCUGUAUUUCCAUACACAAUACUCAACCGUUUUUAACACACUGCAUGGCUUGCUUAUGGAAACAACAUGGGUCAUAUUGGAGCAAUCCACCAUAUACUGCCAUAAAGUUGAUAUACACAACCAUCAUAGCCUUAAUGUUGCGGACAAUUUUCUGGGCCCUUGGCUCCAAAACGUUUUGCCGAUUUUCAAUCAGUGCUUACUACGUUAACACGCUACAGGUAUGAUCAUCAGUCGAAUGAGGGUCAUUGCUGAAGUUAGGCAUGCGGAUCUAUUUCACUCGGCCAAUGUAGCAUCAAUUCAAGGUGCCAGCUCUUGUGCACAAUGUAAAGAUACAAGAAUGUACUAGCAGCUGCUUUUUAUGAGCGAAACUGGAUUGUGCUAGCAGCAGACUUUCUAUUGCUGAUGAAGGUACUUUUGUAUACUAGGAGGUCUGAAAGUCUGAAAGAUUGGAGAAAGAGGUUCCAUUGAGUAACGCUUUGAUUUGGGGAGAUAGGGAUAAAAGGAAAAUGAAAAAUGUAAUGAGAAGCAAGGCAAGAAGGAGCUCCUUAUUUGAGAAACAGUUUAGAAUUCUGACUGUUGUAUAAAUAGUGGGAGAUACAAACUUUUGAUUGAGGUCAUAUUCACACCGAACCUUUCAUUGAGAUCAUAUUUGUUGAUAACACUUCAAAAACUGUACACACUCUUUUAGCAACAAAGUAAAUGUUGGUUUGACUGAAAGCUUUAUUUUCUGAAA